CUCUUAAUUUUCGCUUUCGUUUCCCUCUCUAAAAAUUUCCUCUGCACUUUUCCCCACUUGCUGCCCCGAUUUCCCCUCAAAUUUUCCCACCAUCCAAACUGAAAAUCUCAGGAGAAUCAGAAGCGAACCGAAGCAAAAGGACGGAAAGAAGGAAGCAAGUUAGGCAAUGGACUCCAGGGAGCCACCGUCGCAGCAGCAGCAGCAGCAGCAGCAGGUUCCACCGCCGCACCAUCAACACCAACACCAGCAGCAGCAGCACCACCACUUCCACCAGCAGCAGCAGGCGGCGGCGAACAUGAUGUUGGGCCCCAGUCCUGCCUCCUACCAAACUAUGAUCAACCCCAACGCGGCGGCGGCCGGAUUCCCUUUCAAUUCCAUGCCAGUGCGGCCUCCUCCUCCUCCACCUCAAUCGAAGCCCCCUACUUCCUCCGACGGGGGGCUGAACGCCGGCUCCUUCGACGGAUCGUCCCCGACCUCGUCUGGGAUGAGGUUCAGCAUCGAGCCUGCUAAGAAGAAGCGCGGGAGGCCGAGGAAGUACACUCCCGACGGCAACAUUGCUCUCGCUUUGGCGCCAACCCCUAUUUCUUCUUCGGCGGCUUCAGUAGGUCAUGUGGAGUCCGGCGGGGGCGCGGUUACUCCCACCGGCUUGUCCUCCUCCGACGGUCCUGCUAAACGGCAUCGUGGGAGGCCGCCGGGUACUGUGAAAAGGCAGCUUGAUGCGCUAGGAGGAGUUGGAGGGAUAGGGUUUACGCCUCAUGUAAUCUUGGUGCAAGCCGGCGAGGAUAUUGCUUCUAAGAUUUAUUCUUUCUCCCAGCAAGGUCCAAGAACUAUAUGUAUUCUCUCAGCUAAUGGGGCCAUAUGCAAUGUUACCCUCCGCCAACCUGCAAUGACUGGUGGGACAGUAACAUAUGAGGGGCGAUUUGAAAUAAUUUCUUUAGCAGGUUCCUUUUGGCUUUCUGAAAAUAAUGGAAAUAAGAGUAGACAUGGUAGUUUGAGUGUUUCAUUGGCUGGAUCAGAUGGUCGAGUUUUGGGUGGUGGAGUAGCUGGAAUGUUAAUGGCAGCGACACCUGUGCAGGUCAUAGUCGGCAGCUUUGUUGCCGAAGGCAAAAGAUCAACCCCGGAAGAAUCUAAAUCUGGACCCUCAUUGGCACCUGCAUCUCAGAUAUUGAAUUUUGGAGCACCAAUGUCAGAAUCCAGCCCUCCGUUUCAAGGAGGGUCUAGCGAGUCCUCUGACGAUCACGGUAGUAGCCCCUUGAACCGCGGUGGUGCUGGAAUGUACGGCAAUGCAGGUCAAUCCCUUCACAGCAUGCAAAUGUACCAAGUCUUGGCCGGCCAAAAUCCUCAAUGAAUCCGUGGUUAGCGGCCAAAAUAACAGCAACAAACAAAGAAGGGUUCCCUUUCAGCGUGGGGAGAGCAUUUACAUUUAGGGUGCACAUUGGAUCAUCGUUUCUUGGGCAGCAAAGAUUUCUAGAGGUCGCGGCGGACUCCUAAUGCUAACCAGCAUCAUUAUACAUAUCGUCAUUAUUAUUGUUUCCUUCUUGAGUAGGUUCUUGGGGUUUUUUUCCUUCUGUUUCUUUCAGUCUUUCCCUACCAUUCCCGAUUAUGAUUCGUGUUAGAUAUCGGGGUAUCGAGGAAUAGCUGAUGGCGGUGAUGGUGCAUGGGGCUGUGCUUUCUUUUUUAGCUAGAGGUGUGUAUUUGUAGAAGAGUAGAGAAUGGGUUAGGAUGGUAGUUGGUUUCAUUUUAGCUGUUUUUAGGAUUCAAUGUGACUGACUGACUGGUUCACACUUUCAUUUGUCUGCAAUCUAGUGAUCAAGGUUACGAUAAUUAUCGAGCA